AUGUCAAAUUCAUUUAAAUUCUAAGUGUAGAGUACUCGAUAGAUAGAGAGACCUUGUAGAUAAGCAUCCACCAUAAAUGUUCCAAAGCGAUGUCGCCAAUUGCAUGUUCAGUGAUAGCGUCAAUGUAGACCAAAUGUCCUAAAAGUACAAGGUGUUACGGCUGAGUAUGUUUGAUUGGUUUGACAAAUUCAAACUUGAACUUUUGUUGAUCUUUCUACAUUGCAAAACUAGUUGCAAAACGGAAACAUUUGCUGUCGUGUUGGCAGAGGGCAUUGUCCCUGUUGCGUUACAAGAAAGCCAAUUAGUUUCCUUCAUUUUGGCUGUUUCCACCCCCUACCAUUUGCCUAUGAAAAUGUUAUGUUGGGCAUGGCGUAGUGUGCAAACGGCUUUUGUGCAGAAGCGCGAAAUGACGUUUUAUCCAACAUUAGAGUUGAAUGUUUUGGGAUGAGAAAAAUGUUUUGUAUUGGAAUGGAAAUAAGAUAGACCAUUCUCAAGAAAAGCGUGGUCUAAGGCAUCUUUGCUUCAUUCGGAACGAUUCAGAGUGGAAUCAAUUGGACGUUCCACAGAAAGUUCUUGAAGUACCUCUGUAAAAACAUCUCAGGGUUGAACAAGACAUGUAAUACCAACAAACCUUGUAACCCAUGGAAACCAGGUAAAUGUGGGUUCCUGUUUUGGAGGUUGACACAAAAACCUACACGUACGCAGGCACUCUCUCAUUGAAGGUGUUAGCUUUGGACACCCUGAGCUGAUUCUGGUAAGGAAUUAAAGAGCUGAUGAACAAGAAAGAUAAACUGACAAGAUUGACCAGCCUGCUAAUUUUGCCAGUUUGAUGAGAUGCCGACGAUUACAAAAGAAAUGCGCCCAAGGACGUGCUUUUCCUGACUUUACAUAUAACGUUAUUACGUUGAACUUAAAAGAUUUAAAACAACUGUACUAUUAAACUCCAGCAUGCAGCGUCAGUGAUUUGGGAAUAUUACCAGCGGAUUCUGAUGAACGUCAACUUCUAAGAGAACAGUUCUCAAGUGAAACGCUCUGACAACUUACACACCUGAUUUGGACUUAGAAGUUUUUCUGUGGACACUAUAGCGAAAAAAAGCAAAAGUGGAAAAGAAACCACUAUGAGUUUUCCUUUCAAAGUUCUGUGGUUCUUGGCCGCGGCACACCUGUUGUUGGGCCUCCUGGCGGUGUUGCUCGGAAUCGCAGACAUUGUGACUCACGUUCAGGCCAACCCAGAUGGAGGGUUUGAAGUAACUUUACUAGCAGCACCAAUCUGGUGUGGAAUCCCUUUCCUGGUUGCAGGAGGGCUGGGCCUAGCAGUGUCACCCUACAAGCCCAAUGUCCAAGAACAGACCCGCCAACACUGGAUCUGCUGCAUGAUCAACAGUAUCCUGUUUGGGCCAAUCAUGUUCAUCAUUGCCAUGGUGGAUCUCUUCCUGGAGGUGCAGACCUCCUCCAUACAGGACCGGGACAUUUCGUUUGAGAUCGGGUUCAUCAUCAUCUCUGUGCUGGAGACGUGGUGUGCCCUGGGCUCCGUCACCAUCUACUGCCUGUACAAGGCACCACGGCAGGCUAAGGAGCCCGAGGAAGGUGAGGUCAGGCUGUCCCCCUUUUCUCUGCUGGCACGCCACUGUACCGCCUGCAGUGCCUUCUGCAACAGGAGGAGGCAUGCUGACAAGAACAGCUGGGUGACAGGUGAUGAUGAUACAGAGGUGGUCAUCACUUCCUCAGGAGCGGGUCUCCAUGACAACGAGUCAGGUGUCCAUCCCAUCCCCGAGGACGCCUCUCCAGAGGAGAAGGAACUGUUCCUGGUGGCGCGGCGGCUGGAGGAGGAGAACGUCCGUCUUCAGAAGCAGCUGAAGGUCAAGUCACUGAAGGCAAAAGUCAAGAAGCUGCAGCAAAACAACCGUGCCCUGUCACAUAAGCUGAACAAGGUGCAUGAUGGGGACUCUGAGUCAAUUAUGAUCAAAGAUUUAGCACCUUCCAGCACACAAGUGCACCAUGGGAAGACUAGGGUGCAUGAUGGGAAGGAAAGGCAGCAACAGGCAGCCCUGUCUGACAAGAGCCAACAUAAGCAGGCAGCGCGAGACAAGAACAGGGCAACGUCGGCUGUCAAAAAGGGAAACAUGAAGGCAGAGGGUGUCCAAAACCCUGAUAAACUUGAGACAAUUGAUGAGACUCAGAGUAACAAUGAUAAGAAAGCAGAUAUAGACUGUGAGUGUGGGGAGCCAGCUGAGAAACACAAACAGGGAGAUGACAAGGAGAAAGCUGAGGAGACUAAGAAUAGCAGUGAGGAUGAAGCUGAGGCAAAUUGUGAGGCUGAGGAGCCAGCCACAGAAGAAGUCUCAGCACAGGAAAAACCCAAUGAGCACACCACUACAGCAGACGUUCAUGUAGAGGAAACACAAGAUCUGUCUCCUGAACGUGAGGAGGAAAUCCGCAUGAGACUUAAGGAGGCCCAGACAUCCAAAAAUGUCAAUGCAAUAAAAAAUGCCAUCAAGGAAUUCCAAGAUGCCAAACUGGAGGACUUUUCUGAAGACCUUCCAGCAGCACAAAAACAGCUGCUGGUCCUGGAGUUAAAGGCAGCUUUGGACAAGGCUAUAUCUAACAGACAAGUGUCCAAGAUUGGGUCAGUCUUGACGGAGAUAAAGAAGAAAGGACUUCAAGACGUCAUGUCCAGCGAAGUCGCACGGGCCAACAAGAUGCUCAUACUCAUCAAGCAGAUGGAUAAACUCAGACAGGAGGUGAUGAACAUCAAACAGUCGACCAUUGCUGAAAUCCGGUCUUACAAGAAUGCCUCUGAGCCUGUUCACAAGGUCAUGACAGCAACCUUCCUGCUACUGGGGGAGCAUGAGAAGGACAUCAAGGACUGGUCCGCCUUGAAGAUACUGGUGGGGAAGUCAGGCAAGGAUGCCCUGAAGCAGAGGGUGGAGCAUUGCAAUGUUGCCAAGAUACCAGCUGCCGUUGCAACCAAAGUGCAGGAGAUGCUGGUCCCGUUCCGCCUGGAGGAGGUUCGGGACCACAGUGCUGGAGCAGCCACCUUCUUCCUCUGGGCAAACGGAAUGGCAGAUGAAGUACUGGAGGGAGCAGCACAAGGGGCGGCAGCUUAAUCAUGGUGAACAACACUACCUACAUGCAUGUCAGUUACCUACAUGUAGGUACAUGAGAUGUCAAUGCCUGAACAGAAUAUACAUAUUUCUGUAGGCUCUGAGCUUGUUCAGUCUGGUUGACUUUGAUCAUUGUUAAAGGAAACCAUUGGAGAAGUGUAAAUUCAUUAUGUUCUGUCGGCGACUGUACCACAAAGUUGAUUUCUGUGAUAUGUGCCUCCAGAGGUUUGAACAGAACAUAAGCAGAAAGAGUGCCACCCAACUGCAUCUACAAGCAAACAUUAAUGUUAAGUGUUUCACCAAGGUAGAAUUAGGAAUAGGAAGGAUUCUGUAUCCAGAUUGUCUGUUGUUACACACAAACCCGCCUAUUGGCAGCUGAUUUAGUGUGAAGCUAUUUUAUCAGUGCAGGGUGUAAUGUACAUGUACAUGUACUUGUUGAUGUCUUGAAACAUUUUUUUGUUGUAAAGCAUAAACCUAUGAGUUAUCUACCUCAUCAUAUCCAAUAGUUUUUACCUGACCGUAAAGUGUACGUUCAUUUUCCUAGUACCACUUAGAUUUAUAUGCUGUGACAAAUAUGCUUUGUAACCACAAAAGACUUUGUUUGAUUUUGAGACUAUUGUGUUUCAGCUCUCCAACACUUUAUUAGAUUUUAUAUGCACCAAGGGAGUGAUAUAGAUGGGGAUAGGCAUGUUCCUAUGAAACAUGCAUGUACUGUUGCCCUAAGUUGUUUUUUUUUACUUGAGAACGAUAUAACUUAUGAUAAACUUGAAUAUACAGUCAAUCUCUCAGACAACCAAUGCACUCAAUUUCUUCUGAAUGUAUCAGCUGUAAUAUAGUAAAUACACUGUAUACAUGUAUAGGUGAAAUCUUUGCACACUUAUGUGGAUAAUACUAUUUGAAUGUGAAUAGUGCUAAGUAUCAUCAGACUCUGUUUUUUCCAAGAUCAAACAUAGGAGAUAUUUUUUAAACUUA